AAGACAUGUAAUUUUUUUUUCAAAGUUACAAAUAUUUUUAAAAUUUUCAUAACAACAAUAACAAAAACCUCAUUCCUAACUUGUGAACCAAAAAGUGCAUGUUAUGUAUGUUAGCCUAAUGCAGCAGUUGAACUAAACUGUUCCAAUUGAAACCUUCAAACCUAACACACACACACACAAAAACAAAACUCACACAACAUGUUCCAAUCUCAUUAAUAUUUGACAAAGUGUUUGAUGUUAAAUAUCUACAAAAACAAAUGGGAACAGAAGACUUUACCUUCCCAAGAAUUAACGACACUUUUCCAUAUAUCAUUGAUUCACCUCCUCUUUGGAAUUCAUCAUCAACAUCCUCCUCUUCUAAAAAGGGAGAUUUCUAUGAAGAAAAUUCGGACUCAAAGAAUCAAAGGAAGAGCUUUUCAUCAUCAAUACAAAAUGGAACAAAAUCAAGGGAGUUAGAAGAUGAAGAGGUUGUUCCAAUGGAUUUAUUGUGGGAGGUUUUCAAUGAAGAGGUCGUUGAGUAUAGAUCCUUAAAAAUUGGUCACACAACAAAAAAUGGUCUUGUUCAUAUCAAGAAUAAGCCUACUAUGUUGGAGAUGUUGAAGGUUUUGAAGAAACUUUUUUCCAUCAACAAUUCUCAUGGUAAAUCAACAAGAAGAAUACUAUAA